AUGCGAUUAAUUAUUCCUCAGGAACUAUUUUCAAAGCAAAAUGCUAAUAUAAUAAUUAGCGAUUUGAAUAUUCGAAAAUGGUUACCACCAGAGCAAGUUUCUAUAUUGAAUCAACUGUACCACACAACAAAUGACAUUGGAGUGGUUUUGCAUAAAGCACAUACGCUGAUGUUAGGCACUUACGGUGAUUUACGUGAAUUAGCUUUGGAAAGUUUCAAAAAAACUUGCAAGGACUUAUUACAAGCUGUAAUGGGUAGUGCAGGCCGAGAAUUAAUUGAGAAAAUGUACAAAUUCAAUGAAUCAGAGACUGAAAUCAUCAGUGAGCUGAAGGAGUUUCAUACGAAUUUGAGUGAUACAAGCAGAAAAUACGCUGAUAUGGUAACUCCAGUUUGCUUACCUAUACAGAAGUCCAAUCCCAACCAGACAUCGAUACCUCAGCUUCUCAAGACAACGGAUGGAAAUGCCUCAUUUGCCAAAAUUAUCCAUUGGCUUACUGAGAAACAACAAGCAGAAAUUGGUACGAUGUUGGCUCGAGGUGAACAAAAUAGUCAAAUUUUAGCGAAAAUAUCAAGUUACAUUGAAAAUUUCGACUCGGUCACUAAAGAAAACAUGACAGAAGAUCUCAAACAACUUUGUCAAAAUCGCGUGGAAGAUCUUUUUGGAGUGGAUGGUCUCGCCUUAUUGAAGACUAUGUAUCAGCAGUUGGGAUCAGUAGAGUUGCUAAUAGCUAAGUAUACUCAGCUUGUUGGAAAUCUAAAAAGUGAAGAUCUGCGCAAUGAAGCUGAUCAAGUGCGCAUUUUUUGUCAGAAAGUAUACAAAGUGAAGAAGUUCGAUCUAGCUGAUUUGACCACGUGGCUAACUGCUGAUCAAAAACUUGAACUGGGUGAUCUGAUCCAAAAUUAUGAAGUAAGCGAUGGAGCUGUUUAUGAGCACAUUUUUGAAUUUUAUGAGAAGGCUAACAGUGAACGGAAACUACUCGCAGAGAAGAUUAUUCAAUCCAGCUGUAAAAGAUUCAUUUUCCGAAUGUUUGGCGAUGAGAUAGCUACAAAGCUACAAGAGCGUAAAUUGGAUGGAAAUUACAGUGCGCAGAUGCUAAGCGCCGAGCUCGCAAUGUAUGCUGCUGAAAUAAAAGAUGACAAAAACCGUAUAAAGGCUGAAAAAUCAAUCCCAAUUUGCAAUCGAAUCUAUUUUGGCUACAAGGGUGAUUGUUUUUGUAAUGGUCACUCAUCUGUCUGUAAUCCAUUAACUUAUCAGUGUGUAAACUGUGCUGAUAACACUUUCGGAGUACAAUGUGAAAAAUGCAUAGAUGGAUUUGAAGGCGACGCCAAGUUGGGUGAGAAAGGUUGCAUUGUAAAUGGGAUAGACAUUGAAGACAAGAAAUGUGUUUGCAACAAACAUUCCUCAAAGUGUGAUGAAAAUGAUCGCUGCUUAGAUUGUUUGCACAAUACAAUAGGAAACAAUUGCGAAAAUUGUAUGCAAGGUUUCUACGGAGACGCAACUCAGGGCACGCUGGAAGAUUGUAAUCCAUGUCCAUGCCCAAAUGGAGGAGAAUGUUUUAUUAAUUCUGAUGCAUUAGUAGAAUGCCGUGAGUGUCCUAUUGGAACUCUCGGGGUUACAUGUGAACUGCAAGUUCCGCAAACAGAAACAACGACAGCAGUUGUUGAAGUGACCAAGUGA